AUGGGACACAAGAGCCCACAAUGGGACACAAGAGCCCACAAUGGGACACAAGAGCCCACAAUGGGACCCAAGAGCCCACAAUGGGACCUAAGAGCCCACAAUGGGACCCAAGAGCCCACAAUGGGACACAAGAGCCCACAAUGGGACACAAGAGCCCACAAUGGGACACAAGAGCACACAAUGGGACACAAGAGCCCACAAUGGGACCCAAGAGCCCACAAUGGGACACAAGAGCCCACAAUGGGACACAAGAGCCCACAAUUGGACACAAGAGCCCACAAUGGAACACAAGAGCCCACAAUGGGACACAAGAGCCCACAAUGGGACACAAGAGCCCACAAUGGGACACAAGAGCCCACAAUGGGACACAAGAGCCCACAAUGGGACCCAAGAGCCCACAAUGGGACACAAGAGCCCACAAUGGGACACAAGAGCCCACAAUGGGACACAAGAGCUCACAAUGGGAUACAAGAGCCCACAAUAGGACACAAGACCCACAAUGGGACCGAGGAGCCCACAAUGGGACACAAGAGCCCACAAUGGGACCCAAGAGCCCACAAUGGGACACAAGAGCUCACAAUGGGACCUAAGAGCCCACAAUGGGACCUAAGAGCCCACAAUGGGACACAAGAGCCCACAAUGGAACCCAAGAGCCCAAAGAAAGACCCUAGAGCCCACAUGGGGACCCAAGAGUCCACACGGGGAAAACAGCAUUCAUAUGUGAUCUUCUUAUGUUAUGUUAGGUUAUAA